AUGGUGCUCACACCGCCCCAUCCAGCGUUGGACAUCAACGAAGUGGCCAUCCCAGCCCUCGCCAACUUUUGGUCCUCCUUCACAGCGCACUUUCCCUCUGCGCUCUCCUUCUUCUCUCCUGCCGUUCAGUCGAAAUGGUACGCUACGGCAGACCCGCUGCACUCGGCCGUGGUCAUCUGCGCGGCUUUUAGCACCUACUGCUACGUCAUGCAGGAAAUCACUGGCAACGCCAGUCAGGUGGACGGUCUGUGGACCUUUUUGCCAGGUGAGUCGCUCUCGCCAGUCGGUAGCACACCGUCCAGCAGACGGCAGUUGUUGGAUGAGGAAAGUAACGCGAUUCGCCUUGACCGCUUACUUGCCUUGCUGCUGGCUUGGAACACGCAGUGAUCUACACUUUCCACUUUACAUUUCAACGUGCCAUCGGCCACUGGCUCCAACCUCCAUCCCCGGUCACCAGCUUUUUCCAAAAGUCCGCAGCGCCAGUCUCGGCAUUCGAUCUGAUCGAGCCCCGCUUGUUGUUAAUCUUCGGAUUGCAAGUGCUCUGGUCAGCUCGUCUCACCUUCAAUGCCGUCCGCAGAGGAAUGUUCAAGAAGGGAGAAGAGGAUUACAGGUGGCCUUUGCUGAGGGCAAGCAUGUCUCGCGUCGCUUGGGAGAUCUUCACCCUGACAUUCAUCGCCAUCGCUCAAAACAUCUUGCUGGCCUUGACCGCCGCUCCCUCUUACCUCAUCCUCACCGCCACCAGCGGCAAAUUCAAGAAUAGCCCUCUGCCGAAUCCUCCUUCCUCGCUCGGUGUAGGCGAUUGGGCUAUCGCCGCUCUCCUCGUUCUGAACCUGGUCAUUCAAUUCUUUGCGGACCAGCAGCAGUGGGAGUAUCAAAACUUCAAGCGGGGCAAGGACAAGUACGGCAAGUCGCUCAAUGCUAGCAAAGAUGGAAAGUCCAGUCUCGUAAAGCCAAGUGCAAGCAAAGGUCCUCUUGCACAGGAUGGUACCGUAUCUGCAGCAAAGGGCAUCACGAGCGGUCCUUACACACCCCAAGAUGCUCAAAGAGGUUUCGUCACAAAGGGUCUCUGGGCCUUCUCCAGACAUCCCAACUUUGCCUGCGAACAGACGACAUGGUGAGCAUACAGAGCAAAGCCCAAGUCAUUGCCCUGGGUUGUGACCCACCCUUUUGACGCGUUUCACAUUUGAACCCCCCCCCUUUUUCCAGGUGGAUUCUUUACCUCUACGUUCCCCUCACAUUCCUGCCUUCGUCUCCUGCCACGAGCGUGUUGCGCUACACUGCAACGUACGCUCUAAUCUCCCCUCUUCUGAUGAACAUUCUCUUCUUCGCUUCCACCAUCUAUUCGGAGAGCGUGUCAGCGGGCAAGUACCCUGCGUAUGCCGACUACCAAAAGCGGGUAGGUAUGUUCCUGCCCUUGGACACGGCCGUCCGUAGCAUUUACUUCGCUUUCCUCGCGGGCGGCGAGACGAAGAAGGUAGUGGAGGAGAAUGUGUGGGGCACGCCUACUAAGGAUGUUGUCAAGAAGCAGUAG